AUGCACAAUAAUAUGCUUGCAGAAGACACUGGACUAACGCUCGACAAAAACAUAGAAAAUUGGUUUCACCAAGUUUAUCUGCAGUGGAAUUUCCAUCAAGGAGGUGAAAAAUUUGAUGAUGACCAGCUGCUUCUUACUUUGCUAGAAGUAAUGAACUCGCAGAAUCUAGACCAUCCGAUACCCCGAGUAAUAAAUGUGUUAGAAAAUUUUCGAGCCAAGCCAGAAUUCCUACUCCUCGCAGAAGAUGUAGAGCGAAUCAUGAUUUUGAAACCAGAAUUAUCACGGUUUGUCUUUACAGAUUGGAUAAAGAACAACAACACUGUGAAAAAUGCUCUACGGAUUCUCCUGGGUGACUCGAAUAGCAAUAAUUUUGAAUAUUCACGCAUUCAAUUGUGGCUUGACUACGUCGACUAUAUCAGGGACAUGUAUGCGUUGUAUACAAAGCCACACUCCGUCCCCUCUUCUAUAUUUCCAAACCGCAACGGAUUGAGCGAUGAAGUCGAGUCAAUGCAAAAUCAACUCGAGCAAAUUUGCAGGAAGGUGAAUAUUUGCUAG